UUCACAAUGCAUUUUAUUUCGCUUUCAAAAUGCAUCGUCUCCUGUGGCAAUGUCCAAGAAGACAAUUGCAGUCAGUUCUCAGUCGAUGUCGGCUCUUGAUUACUUCCGAGCCAGGAGAGGCCCCUUCACACCAGAGGAAAAACGUGGAACCGGUCACAUGAUGAUGGCGUCAUCUCACUGGAAGAUCGAGCGAGUGGUGAUGAUCUCAAUGAUUCCCAUUAUGCCCGCGUGCAUCCUGUACCAGGGCCCUGCCAUGGACUACGCGAUAUCCACCGUCGUCUUUCUCCAUGGUUACUGGGGCAUCAGCGGAGUGUUGUCAGACUACCUAGAGAAGUUUGUCCCCUGGAUCAAGUACCCGUGGUAUCUCAUCAGCAUCCUCACCUUCGCAGGCCUCCUCAACCUUAAUUACAAUGAUGUUGGUGUGUGCACAGCUAUCAAGAUGUUGUGGCAGAUCUAACUUUACUAUUAUUGAAAUGGCUCAUCACAUAAUUGCUUCAGGGAGGUGGAUGCAAGUGUUGGCGUGACGUCGACACGUUACUGGAGGUGUUUCUGUAGACAAUGGACUUAAGAGUCUUUGUGAUCCAGCAUGCAUGUGCAGUGUCGGUAAUUAUUUUUAUGUCCCGAGUCGUCCUGAGGACUAGUGAGAACAUGAUUUCUCUCAUCUUCGGAGUUUGUAGUUUGUUCUGCUUGAUAACGACAAAAAUAUUCACUACCUGUUUUUUUAGUUCAGUUUGUAGCAAAAUUGAAACUUUAAGAACUAGUUCAAAAUUAGCCCUAAUCACUACUAGCCAAUGAAUCUUGGGAUUUUCACUUGUCAGCACAGUUACGUAGUGUCGGGUAGCAGACUGAGUUUGAUGUUCUUACGCAUUGUGGGAAUUUAACUUGUGUAGUUAACUAAUUAACACUUCUAUUUUCUUAUACGUGUAACCAUGGUUACAGAUUCUGUUAUGUAGCAAAAUUGGUUUAAAGUCCUUUUCUAACCUCUAUACAUCGUAAUAUAUUUAUGCAUAAGUAAAGAUUAAAAGCAUAGGAAAAAAUUAUUUAAAUUUAUGAAUGACUGAAAUGACUCUGCAUGGAUUGCUAGUCCACUGUUUUAAUGACUAUUGAGUUUAUGAUGUUUGUUGCUGGUACAAAAGUGCUUCACACAUUAACCCCAGGUAGUGGUCUGUGAUGACUCAUGGUGCUAAGCUUAGUUAGCAUCCCCAGCACCGAGUGGUUCGAGUCUUGGUUAUCCAGUGAGACCAAUAUGCCAACCAGCUCAUAUAUGCAAUGAACGUUUACUUACAUACAUGUGCUUGUGUUGAUGUUGUUGUUAUCAGAUCUGUUUGAAGUUGGAGUGACUAGCGAGGUCAGAUGUGUCAUUCCACUGUUUGUGUAGGCUUGUUGGACGAGGAUGUACGCCCACUUUUGUCACAUAAUAAACAUCUCCAGCAUUGUUA